AUGUCGACCGUGGUGCUCCCAACUCCGAAGCAGAUUCGAUUCGUGAACAACGAGGGUCGCCCACCGGCGAAGAGGAGGAGGGUCGAUGCCGCGUAUGUUGCCUUCACUUGGUCUUCUUCAUUCGCCUUCUUACAUCGUACAACCCUCGACGUCUUUCGUGCUUUGGAAAGGAACUGUGCUAAUGUAUAUGUUACACGUAGAUGCCAGACGUGUCGCAAGCGAAAGAUACGAUGCGACGGAAAGCGCCCAGAAUGCUCGACGUGCAAAGAAAACCGGCACGCAUGCUUGGGAUAUGAAGCUCCAUUGAACCCGGGUGGAGGAAAGAACCCGGAUAGCAAAAAAUUCGCUGUCGACGAUGCCGACGACGACGAAGAGGACAUCAUACACGAAGACAUCAAGCCGAAGCUUCCUUCCCCCACGGCCCGGCGAGUUGAUACGAAGCUUCAUAGAGUCCUCUCCGAAGAACAUCGGAUUUCCGAGGAAUCAGUUGGCUAUGGCGGCCAGUCACCAGGUGCCGCUGGUGACAAUACAGCAUACACUGACGAUGGCCAAAGCUCCCAGACCCUGAAUCGCCGAGUCCCAUAUUUCCGUUGGUUCGGCCCAACGGCCAUCGUGCGGGGAUUUAAACAGAUGGUAGUGUCUGUUGGUCAUCCUGGCCGUAAAAUAGGUCCUACGUCGCUGUCGUCUGCUUCGCCACUAUCAAACUCUUAUAGCCCUGGAGGAGACCAAAAAUUCCCAAAUCCACGUCGCUCCUCAAUGUCUAUUGGAGAGCCACGGAACGAUCUUGGGCUGCCAUUAUAUGACAUUAGCAAUUCAGAGCCAGUUCCAUCAUUGAUAAAGCACCUCGUCAAGAUCUUUUUUGUACAUCUCGGAUGCAACUUUCCAUUUCUACGCAAAGAUAAGGUGCUACGAAUGAUGGAUGAUAAGCACUUAGCGCCAAUACUCGUUGAUGCGAUAUGCUCUCUAUCUGCACGGUUCUCGGAAGACUCACAGCUAGUUGGCUCUUUUGGCCCAAAACGCCUCAAGUCAGAAUAUGGCCAAGCAUUUGCGCAGCGUGCUAAAGCCGUCGUCACAGACACCUUCUUAUGCCCCACAGUGGAAGCUUUGCAAGCGUGUCUACUGCUCGCGUACGAGGCUUUUGGCGACAACAAGGAUAGCGCCUUGUGGAUGUACACUGGAUGUGCAAUACGUAUGGCAUCUGACCUUGGACUAGAAAAAUUAGAUGGGAUCCGCAUCCAAGGCAGCCGACUGCCUAAUUAUUCUCCAAUCCACAAUGACUUCAACCAGCGCCAGUCUGAUGGUCACCCAGACGCAGAUAUCGAGCAAAAGGCAUCCGAGCAGGAACGCAUUGACACUCUUUGGGCCAUUUUCACACUUGACAGGUUCAUCUCAUCUGGACUAGGAAGACCAGCGACGAUGCGGAGAGAAGACUUUGAGUUAGGGCUACCUGUCAUCACGAUGCUGCCGAAGAGCGAUUGGCCCGCACCUCUGCCAGCUCUGAUCCAGAUUAUACACCUCUACGGUAGAGUAUCGGAUCUUUUGAAUGGCAUCAAAGGAACGGAGGACAUGACAGAAGGGAGAUUGCAAGGCCUCGAAGACAUAUCAAUGGAGGUGACGGCAUGGCAAGAAUCACUGGGCAAAAAACUCGCGUUCAAUUUGGGAAAUUUUUCACAUUAUGACAAGGCCGGCGAAGGAACCAACUUUAUCCUACUUCACUUCUGGUACCAUACACUCAUCAUGGUUGUGUACUGCCCUCAGCUAUGGAGUAGCGCAAUCGCCCAGCUACUACCCAAUGACAAUCGCAAGUUAAGUAUGUCAUCGGCGAAGACAAUAGCAGACAUACUAGCAUUCGCAAAUACGAACGAGUCAAAGUGCUUCGUCGGUAACCCCUUUACGAGUCAGCCCAUGUACUUUGCCGCUUCUGCAUUCCUCAUGGAAACGAACAUCCAAAAGGCGUCAUCUCCUGCUUCUAGAGAAGGAACCCCACAUAGGGAUACGAAAGCUUCCAGCAAAGCACCUGUAAAUGUUAAUAUAAAAUGCGAACCUUCGCACCACAAUACGAAACAGACCAAAGCGAAGCCUCAGUCUAACCCCAGCCAGGAUUACCAAUGCUGUUAUAAAGCCCUUCAGCAACUGGAAACAUACUGGGCGGGAACAAAAUACAUAUUGACUGCCCUUGACCAGAAAGCCAUAGGCAUUGCAGACCCAGAGGCCUUCACGUCAGAGGAAAUGGAAAGCACGAAAGUUCGCCCAGGUCCCGUACAGGAUUGGAAACGAACUCUUCCGCCUCCGUUUGCACAACCGUCUCCUAGUAUGAAAUCCGUGGCUCCGAGUAUGUCCCCAAAGACCGAAAGGUCUGCGUCGCCAACGGUGGAUGGUGGGACAAAUCAGCCUAUCUGGUGGGCAUUGACAGGAACGACGAACUCUCCCAACUCGAACGUAACUUUGAUGUUUCCGCAAGCACCUGGCGACAUUGCAUCACCAGCUCCGCCGCCCGCAACAGGACAGACCCAUCAUAAGUUUUAUGAUCCUAUUCGCCCAAGCGUCCCAGAAUCCACGAGACCAACUAAUAUAGCCGCUACGUAUCCGCCCUACAAUAUUGGUUAUUCUCCACCACAGCAGCAGCAGCAUAUACCAAUGCAGCAAAACAUGGCACCACCAUCACAAAAGUAUAACAUGAUCGACGAUAGUCACAGAGACGCUGCAAUGCUCAUUGAGCUAAAGCAGUCGCCUAAUCCCUAUGGAAGAAGCAUGGCUCCCAACCCCUACGACACGAUGAACAGCCAGGCUUCUACAGGGCCCUCGCAGCACUUGGCGCAUGGGCUGUACGACGGCCCUGUGCGGUACGAUUAUGGGGCGCCCUUUGGCGCCAUCACCGAAAUGCCCUACCAGGGCUGGGGCGUAACUGGCUACUAUGGUCUGGGCAUGGAGGGACUGGGGGCGGGCGAUAUGACCUUCACGACGCGGGAUGUGGAUUUGAGCAAUAUCGAUACCGAUUUGUCGCAGAUUCUGGAACAUGUGCAGUACCUACCGAACACCGACUUCAAUGCAGGCGGCGAUGUAGGGCACUAUAGGGGUAACGGAGAGUAG